AUGUUGUUGUUGAGGCUCGGAUUGAUUGUCUUGCUUCAAGUUACUAACGCGUCGAUUGCCACUUUUGAGGUGAAACUCUUGAAGAAGAGUGAUUUUGAAAUGGUGGAUUCGAUUGAAACGAUCAAAUUCUGUUUGCGGCCAUUCGUCGAGCUGUCGAUCAUUCACGAGGAAUGUCCGCUUGGUCAAAGAAUCAUCAGAAAAAACGAUUUUCUCACCUUCACUACGAUCCAAAUCCCACUCCCGCCGAGGAUCCACGUUUGGCAGGGAGGCUACGCUCUUCUCGUCAAUGUCACCUUUACGAAUCGAGCUACACUCCAACUGCGUACCAUCGGGAAUCUAAGCGGCUAUGGAGAAUGGAAAGAUACGCAAUUACGAGAAAUCAAUGAAAACGUUUACCUGAAAGGAUCGACUCGUUUAAUUUGCACAAGCGGUUUCUACGGUCCCCGAUGCAGUCGUCGAUGCUUGGAGACGGAAAAAUAUAAAUGCUCGCCCGAUGGCAUAAAAGUUUGCACUCCCGAAUGGACUGGAGAUCAAUGUGAAAAGGCUUUUUGCCCAUCUGGCUGCAAUAAUGGCACGUGUUCUUUGCCGGGGAAAUGCCGAUGUGAUCCGGGAUUUUCUGGGGAGAAAUGUGAUCAGUGUAAACCGGUAAGUGGAUGUGCCCAUGGGAAAUGCGCGAACGGACAGCCGAACACGUGUCAAUGCGAAAAGGGAUGGAGUGGACCGCUUUGUGAUUAUGACCUCGAGUACUGUACUAGAAACGAGCCGUGCGAAAACGGGGGACUCUGCCGGAACGAGGGCCCAAAACAGUUCACUUGUGAGUGUCCGCCCGGAUACUCUGGACAAAAAUGCGAGAUCCCAGUCGCAAAUCCGUGUCUCGUCGAGGGAAUUUGCUCGAAUGGUGGAAAGUGCUCAUCACCUGCUCCGGGCGCUUAUAAAUGCGAUUGCCCAAAUGGUUUUUCUGGGGAACACUGCCAAAUUGCGAAUUUUCAACCAACGAUCAACCCGUGCUUGCUGAAUCCUUGCCAAAAUGGAGCCACGUGUCUGGAAAUCGCCGAAAUGGCCAAAUGUCGAUGCUUGCAGGGAUUUUACGGGAGAUUUUGUGAAUUGCAAAGCGAAUCGGAGAAAUCGAUCGACGAGCUUUCUGCCGUAACGCUCACCCCAGCCAUUGUUAUCAUUUGGAUUGCAGCUUUCCUUGUGCUGUCGAUCUCGAUCUACUCGUUGUGCAAGUUGGCGUGUAAACGCGGGAAAUUCUACAGCAAACAAAAUUGUCUCAACGCGGCAAGAAGUCGAAUUUACAAGGCUCUGCCUGGGAACAAAGAGAUCCAUCCCGAGCACAAUCAACUCUCCAAAAGCGAUCCGGAAAAAGCUGGGUCUGAUUUCUCCUCAGAAGUUCGUUACUCAACGACACCGAGGCGAAUCGACGGGAAAAAUUUGGCAAAUCACCAAUUGAUCCCAGAAAUUCCCGACGAAUCGGUGAUUUAUUCGGAAAUCGUUCACUCACCGAGGAAAACACGGGAAACUUUGGAAAAUGACCCGGAAAUCUCGAUGAUUUGCAAGAAAAUCCCAUUAAGAUUUGCG